AUGGAAUUGGGAGAUUCUUCUUCUUCUUCUUGUUGUUGUGAAGAUGUGUUUGUUUCAAUUCCUCGUGGUGGUCCUAUAUACAUUGCAGACAUGGUGGGUCCCCUCACUAGUGUUUCUCAAUUCCAGUCAUGCAUUCAAGAUCAACUCAAGGAUCUGAGAAAGGAGUUGUGCUUGGAAUUGACUGAAGAACAUCAUCAUGAAAUUUCGGUUGAUGAACUUAAAAUCCUGAGUGAGGAGGAGUUGGUAGAUAUAGCAUUCCAAGCAUCACUCAAGGAUGGUAACUUGACAAAAGAUCAUUCACUUUCAUCUGAAGAUUGCUCUAAUGGAGUCCUUGAUAACAGAAAGAUGAAUGGAAAGGUAUCCAAGAAGAUGAAAAGAGUGAAACAAAAGGAGACAACUCAUGAAGAAGAUUAUAUGGAAGAGGUGGAGAAAGUUGCUAGAAUUAAACAAAAACAAGAAGAAGACAAAUCAGCUGCAAGAUUGCAUUCUUUUAGUGGUGUUUCGGGACCCGUUGCAUGUGUGACUCCCUCAGAGAAGAAAGAACGAAUGUCAUCCUUUAAUUCUACAAGUUAUUUGACACAACAGGUGAAAUCAUCAAGCACACGUGAACAAAUACCAAUACCUAUAGAUGAUAAUGAGAUCCUUCUUUGCAUAGAGGUCUAUAAUCACAAACGCUCAUGGGUUAAGAAUCAAGAAAUUUUGGUUCUUGGACGCCAAUUAUUAACAGAACUGAGAGACAAAAUAUACUGUUUGACUGAUGAAAUUAUGAAGUUAACCAAAAAGCAUACUCCAUCUGGAUAUUUCCUCAUAGAAGAUAUAUUUUACAACGAUUUAAGGAAAAUAAACGCUGUAGACUACAGUAAACCCAUACUCGAUUGGAUUAGAGAAUCAAAGAAGAUUGCAUCAGAAAAAUGGGAAUCCAUCAUAUCAGGUGAACUGCAUCAGAAACAAAAGCAAAUUUUAGGAAGUGGAAGUGGAAUUGCUCCCAAGUUGCCUCGCUUCAAACCUCUUCCAAUGCAAGCAACUCGUUUUUGUGACCUAAAUUUCCGACUUGGAGCUGGCUAUCUUUACUGUCAUCAGGGUGAUUGUAAGCAUGUGAUGGUGAUACGAGACAUGAGGGUGAUAGAUAGGAGGGAGGAUGUACAGAAUCGAGCUGCGUAUCCCUUGAUUAUGUUUCAAUCCAAGUUGCGAUUCCAAAAGUGCUCGAUCUGUAAGAUCUACAAAGCGACGAAGGUCACUGUGGAUGACAAGUAUACUCCCGAGAAUCCUUGCUUUUUCUGUGGGAUUUGCUAUUACAUGCUUCACUAUUCCAAUAAUCAACUCAUAUACAGUGACUUCAAGAUAGAUGGUAACCCGACUCGAUGGAUUAGGAAUGUCUGGCGGGCCAUCAAGAGGGGCACCACUCACCACCAAAUGGAACGAAGAAUCGAACCCACGCCAAUUCAAGGAAAAUCCCUCAAAUGUGCUCAGCCAAGAAUCGAAUUCUUGACAUCACCCACUGAAGACUAUAACCCAGGAUGCAUCACAACCAGCUAG